GAGAAGACAGCCUUGGCUGGUGGCUCUCUUCCCUGGGAGGACAGGGGAUACCACUCAGUGGGACACCUAUGCAUUGGAGAUUCAAGGAUUUAUUGGUGUGUGGGUGAUUAAGAAGGGAACAGCACAAUGGAAGCCUUCAUGAAUGCAGGGCUUGCCACUUGUCCAGAGGACCACAACUGAGGAUAUAUUUGACCCCACAGCCAUCAAGAAUGAGCCACUUCUCAGCCAUCAUGUCUUCAAAUUUGCCAGCAUUAAAUUUGGCUCAAGGCAAUGGAGUCGACUGUCUAUGGACUGAGACUGCUGAACCCGAAUGAAAAUGCACCACAAAAAGACAGCUGCAAGACAGCAAACCAGGGAGGCUCCAGGUCAUCACACCAAUUCUACAACCUUCAGGAAGAGAAAGGCCUCACAAAAGAAGCAGAGGAGGAGAUCUUCACAGUCUCAGAGGAACAUCGUGGGCUGCAGAAUUUCUCAUGGAUGGAAGGAAAGUGAUGAGCCCAUCACCCAGUGGAAAGGAACUGUUUUGGAUCAGGUGCCUAUAAAUCCCUCUCUUUAUCUGGUGAAAUAUGAUGGAAUUGACUGUGUCUAUGGACUGGAACUUCACAGAGAUGAAAGGAUUUUAAAGCUUAAAAUCCUUCCUGAUAAGGUGCCACUUUUUCAAGUCAGAGAUGUGCACUUUGAAAAUACUAUAAUUGGGAAAGCAGUGGAACACAUGUUUGAGGGUGAGCAUGGUUCUAAGGAUGAAUGGAGGGGGAUGGUCCUAGCCCAAGCACCUAUCAUGAAAACCUGGUUUUAUAUUACCUAUGAGAAAGAUCCUGUCCUGUACAUGUACCAGCUUCUAGAUGAUUAUAAAGAAGGUGACCUCCGUAUCAUGCCAGAGUCCAGUGAGUCUUCUCCAACAGAGAGGGAGCCAGAAGGAGUUAUAGAUGGCCUGAUAGGUAAACAUGUGGAAUAUACCAAAGAAGAUGGCUCCAAAAGGUCAGGCAAAGUCAUUCUUCAAGUUAAAGCCAAACCUUCUGUGUAUUUCAUCAAGUUUGAUGAUGAUUUCCACAUCUAUGUCUAUGAUUUGGUCAAAAAGUCCUACUAGGGUAAAAUCUGCCAAGUGUGGGGAGGCAAAUGUAUAAUUUAUAUAUAUGCAAAAAGUGUAAACUUUUCAAGGUAUUGGAAGCCUAAGGGUCCUUGAUAACCUACAUCUUUGCCAGCAUAAUUAUUGUUUUAUUCUUAAAAAUACAAAUUUAUGUGGACAGGACAUGCUGUAUGUAAGCAUUUUGUCUUGUAAAGAUUGGGUGUGUUUGGUGGACGAAGCAUGUAAGGAAAAGUUGUAAACUCAGACUGUAAAUAAAGUUCACCUAGUAUCAUAA